CUUAUACUACUCAUUUUUCCCUCCCCAUUCUUUUUCCCUCCCUUUGCCAUUCCAACACUUUCUUCGUAAAACUCGGUCGGAAGUCUUGAAAUUUCCCGGCGGUCUUUCUACCGGCAGCAACUGACGGGGGUUAUUCGCUUCGCGAAAGUCUAAAAACUGGCAAAAAGAACCUUUUGAAAUUUCCUUCUCAUUCUCUUGCUAGGUAGCUGUCUGAUUAAGGCUAUUGAUUUCUCUGACCCAUUUUUUCAAACAGAGUUCGUUCGAAAAGUACUUCAGAUUUCAGAUCUCAACUGUUGCGAGUAGAUGCGGAGAAUCAAGGAUAAAUUAUCAACAAGGUUAAUGAAUAUCUGUGUGGCAUCUCUUUGUAAAGCCAAACAAUUGGAGAAAGCUGAAGUUGUUAUAGUUGAUGGCAUAAGAAUUGGAUUACAACCAGAUGUUGUCACUUACAACACAUUGAUUGCUGCAUAUUGCCGCUUUGUUGGCAUAGAUGCUGGUUAUUCCAUCCUUCAUCUUAUGAAGGACGCUGGAAUUAACCCUGAUGUUAUUACCUAUAACUCUUUGAUUGCAGGAGCCACCAGAUAUUCCCUGUUAUCUAAAUGUCUCGACCUGUUUGAUGAAAUGCUUGAGAUGAGUAUUCUUCCUGAUAUUUGGAGUUACAACACAUUAAUGGACUGUUUCUUUAAAUUUGGAAAGCCAGACGAAGCGUACAGGGUUUUUCAAGAUAUUCUUUUGAAAGAUAUAUCUGUUCAUUCAGCAACGUUCAAUAUUUUAAUUAAUGGACUGUGUAUGAAUGGAUAUACUGAGAAUGCCCUAAUGUUAUUUAGGAGUUUAAAGCGUCAUGGAUUUAUCCCUCAGUUAGUAACUUACAACAUUCUAAUUCAUGGGUUGUGCAAGUCGGGACGAGGAAAAGUUGCAAGAGAGUUCCUCAACGAAUUGGUAGAAUCAGGUCAUAUACCGAAUGCUAUCACUUAUACGACAGUAAUGAAAUGUUGCUUCAAAUAUAGACAAUUUGAAGAAGGCCUUAAAAUCUUUGCAGAGAUGAGAAAUAAAGGAUAUACAUUUGAUGCAUUUGCUUACUGUACAGUCGCAGGUAUGUUAGUGAAAACUGGGAGGAUAACUGAGGCCAAUGAGUACCUGGGAUAUAUUAUUACAAGUGGCUUUAGCCUUGAUAUUGUGUCUUUUAAUACCAUUUUUCACCUAUAUUGUAAGGAAGGUCAGCUGGAUAAUGCUUAUAAGUUAUUAUACGAGGCAGAAAUUGGAGGCUUGGAACCUGACAAGUACACCCAUGCUAUCUUGAUUGAUGGUUUGUGCAGGACUGGUAAUUUCCAAGAGGCCCAGCAACAAUUGAACCGUAUGAGUGUGACGGGUUUUGAUUUUAACUUGGUUGCGUGGAAUUCUUUUAUCAAUGGGUUGUGUAAAACUGGUCAAUUGGAUUAUGCUAUGCAAAUAUUGGAAUCAAUGGAUACGAAAGAUUCUGUUACUUACUCUACCAUAGUCCGUGGUCUUUGCAAAGCUAGGAUGUUUCGUGCAGCAUCUAAGUUACUACUAUCGUGUAUUAGAGGUGGCAUGAGAAUUCUUAAAUCAGAUAAACGAAUUGUUAUUGAUGGUCUUCGUAGUUGUGGACUUACGCAUGAAGCAAGGAAGGUCCAGUCUAAAAUUCAACAGGCUAAGCUUCUGCAUUAUUGAUAAAGAAUGGUGCUCAACUCUGCCACUGAAGUUUUAACCUUAUUUAUUGGUUAAGGUUUUGCAUUAUAACGAUUUUGUGGAAGUUGAAAUUUAAGGGAUAAUGCAACUGAGAAUACAAUCUAUGUUAACUAGUUUUAAGUGGGUAGAAGUAUUCACUCCUCUUGCAAGAGGCAAAGACAUGACACACUGUCAGUUUUGAGCAGACAAAUGAUAGCUUUUGGAGAUUCUCUUCCAGAUGUGGAUGGAUCAAGCAUAAAAUCUAUUUGCUCAGCUUACAAGGCACAAUUGCUCUAUCUCCCAGUGAAUAACUUCCAACUGGAGCUUCACAAUCUAGUAUGAGUUCAUUUAUGCAUAUCAAGCUUGCUUGCUGUAGAAGAAAUGUUGACAAUUCAGGUGAUGGUGCAACUAACAUCUGUCCAGGCACGUGCAUCUUCCAAGACAUUGUUCCGGGGAAAGUUGGUAUGAAAUUUUCUACCGUUGUGGAAAAUGAAGAAUUAUGCAUAUCAGCACUUCAUGAGUCAAGUGUUCGCACAUAUUGACAAGGAGGAGGUAUCCAUAUGAUUGUGUUGUGGAUUACGAGACAACAUAAACUUGCCCAUUAUAUCUAGUUUGAUACAUAGAGGGAGUCAUUUCCGGUUGGAAUUGAGCUCUGUAGUGCCUUUGUUUUUCUUCCGUUCUUUGCUUAGUUAAGCAUGGCCAGGCACUCCAGAUUUCAGAUAUAAUUAUUUCACUGGUAACAGCCGUUGCUGUUGGAACUUAUAUUCUGAAGGUCAUCCUUUUGGUUCGUGCAGGAUUUUCGUUUAGUUUGACAUGAAUAAUGAAUGCAUCUGAAGAAUCAGAACUGGUGUACUGUUUUGUCACUGGUGACUUUGAGAGACCCCUAAGUGGAUGAGGAAUCCGCUCAUGUUCAGUCCCUUUUAGUAUGUUUCCAGCUUAGAGCUUGAUUUGAUUUCUUGCAUGUGACGUGUUCUCUCCUAACUUGGAUCUUGGAAAAUCUUACCAAGAGAAAAUCUGCUUUAGAAAUCUGAAAGGAUGACAGGUUCAAGUCCCAAUACUAGUGUGUACUGGUGAGAGUUGGCAGAUAUCAUAGAAAAUGGAAUAAUCAAGAUGCGCAUAAGCAGAUCAUAAGUUGGAUCUUAUCAAACGUUAAAGAUUAAUGAGUGGUGGAUUGCAAAAGAAAUGGAUAGAUCAAUGAAGAGUGACAUCAACUAUUGAGCAAGCAGAGAAAAUGGUAAGAAAAAAAGGCAGAGAGGGUCCAUGGCCGAGGAAAUGGAAAGGUAUUUUGUCAGAAUGCGGAAACAAGAGUCAUGUAAAAUAGUAUUUGUUCAUCGUGACAUGUCGACGUGCCACCGCUAUGGCUUUAGGUAUGGAAGGCGACUGAUUACUCUACGCAUUAUUAUUGUGCUGUGCAAUAUACAAUGGGUGAUUGUGGUGGUCCAUUACUUUUCCCCUUUUCCUUACAAUUGCCUUUCCCUUUUCCUUUAUUUUCUCUCUUCUUAAUCUUUGUAUAUUCAUAUUCAUAUCUUCGGGGAACUAAAGCUCUGUCAUGUUAUAUAAUC